UCAAACAUCAGCUGUUAACAUUUGUAGUUUUAACUUUUAAGUUUAUUUAUAUUUAUUGUUUAUGUUUUUACUCAACACCAGUGUAAACAUUGCAGUUAUUGAUACUGUUAAUUGUUAACAUUUGUCGAUGUGUAUGUUUGUAAAGAUAAGAUAUUUUUAUUAAGUGUAUUUUUUUAAUACAUAAGGUUAGGUGUAAAGUUCAAAAUACAAAGUUUAAAUAAGUGGUAUUUAAGGUACAAAUUAGCCAUUAAAUUAAUUUCAUCAUUUCACUUGUAAAUACAAAGGUGUAUCAGAAAUAUGGCUUGCUUUCAACAUUGUCAAAGAACAUUACUUCGGCCUGCAUAUCAGUUCAUUUCAAAACUCCAAGUUUGCAAUUCUUCAUCAUCACCCAAUGGAUACAAUUUUGCCUUAAAUGAUACGCAAAAGGAAUUUCAAGAAUUGGCUAGGAAAUUUGCGCGUGAAGAAAUUAUACCUGUUGCUGCAGAUUAUGACAAGACAGGCAAAUAUCCAUGGGAUAUUAUCAAGAAAGCUUGGUCAAUAGGAUUGAUGAACGGUCAUAUUCCUCAGGAUAUUGGUGGGAUGGGAAAUAGCGUAUUUGAUGGAUGUCUGAUAGCUGAAGAGUUAGCAUAUGGGUGUACUGGUGUUAUGACAGCAUUAGAAGCAAGUGGUUUAGGACAAACUCCUGUACUGAUAUCAGGGAAUAAGGAACAGCAACAAAAAUAUCUUGGACGAUUACUUGAAGAACCAUUGGUGGCUGCUUAUUGCGUAACUGAACCAGGAGCAGGAUCUGAUGUUGGCGGCAUUAGGACAAAAGCUGAGAAAAAAGGAGAUGAAUACAUACUUAAUGGACAAAAAAUGUGGAUAACAAAUGGAGGUGUUGCUAAUUGGUAUUUCGUUUUGGCACGUACAAAUCCAGAUCCUAAAUGUCCAGCAGGAAAAGCGUUCACUGGAUUUAUUGUAGAGAGGGAUACACCUGGACUUACUCCUGGAAGAAAGGAACUUAAUAUGGGUCAGAGGGCAUCCGACACUCGAGGCAUAACGUUCGAAGAUGUGAGAGUUCCAAAGGAAAAUGUUCUUCUUGGUGAAGGCGCUGGUUUCAAGAUCGCCAUGGCUACCUUUGACAAAACAAGACCGCCUGUGGCAGCAGGUUCGGUUGGUCUCGCACAGCGUUGCUUGGAUGAAGCUUCAAAAUAUGCUAAUGAAAGAAAAACCUUUGGAGUGCCAAUUUCACAACAUCAAGCUAUAGCUUUUAUUUUAGCCGACAUGGCGAUAGGUGUGGAGACAGCUCGACUUGCUUGGAUGAAAUCGGCUUGGCAAGUUGAUAGAGGUGAACGGAAUAGUUAUGCUGCAUCGAUUGCAAAGUGUUAUGCUGCGGAUGUAGCAAAUAAAUGCGCAACAGACGCGGUACAAGUAUUUGGAGGUAACGGGUUUAACAGUGAAUAUCCUGUGGAGAAGCUUAUGAGAGAUGCGAAGAUUUAUCAGAUCUAUGAAGGCACUGCGCAAAUCCAGAGAAUCAUUAUUUCCAGAAGUGUUAUUGAAAGAUCAAAAGAAAAGUUGUAGAUUUAUGUUUAAUAAUGAGUUUUGUUGUAGUUUUUAAUGAUUUGUUAAAUCCUGUUUGUGGAGAGAUAUUUUUUGAGAUUUCUACUAUGUCUUUGUAGUUACUAUUUUGUGUACACAGUACGAACAAACUAGAAUUUAUUUUUAAGGCCAUAAUGAUAUUAUAAUAAUACAAACACUGGCAGCAUAUAUAUCUUUGUAACAUUUAUUGUGUUUUAUAAAAAUAUAUCUUACUUCUUUUGUACAAAACAGGUGCAUUUUUACGAAAAUGUUAUAUCCCUAGAAACACAGAUUUCAGUCAUUUGUGUAUAUUAAUGUGUUGAUCUUCACCGUACCUACUUAACGUGUUUUACAGUACAAUAAGAAAAAUUACUUGAAUGACAAUCUACAGACAAUAUUUUUUUAUUUAUUUAUUCAGUUAAUGGUAGUUUCACAUCUUUUGUGUAAUAUAUAUGCAAUUACAUUUUAAAUAUAUGAUUAUGUUGUUAAAUUAUAUUACCCAUGUUCACUUUAUUCUGAUAUAUAGUUGGAUUUUUUAUGACUUUGGAUGUAUACAAACGUUGCCCUUUAUUUCCAUCUAAGUUUGAGUAGGUAUGGUCAUUGUUAUGGUAGUGCAGUAUAGUCGCCAUUCACACAAAAUCAUAUAGGUAUCGAUUCCACUGAAAAAAUUCUAUCCAGCUAGAACAUCACUUCAUUCAGUACCUGUUUUGUGCAAGAUUUGAGCUUGAGGAUUUACACACAAGGCAAAUUAAGGCUUUACUGAAUUUUCUUAAAAAGUUAAUAUACUUUCAUAUUGUGA